CCCUGGCCGCACCACUCCGCCACCUCCCCGUCCACCCCUCCCGCCUCAGGUGGGGCCGCUCCGCCCGCCACGCUCUUCCCGCCCCGCCGCGUCAGGCCGCGUCUCUUCGUCUCUUCUUGGUCGGCGUCUGGGGUGCCGCAAGUUUUGACAUUUUGGCGGCUGAGGCGCGCGCCGGCACUCCCGGAACGACAGCUGUGGCUGCUGCAGGCCUUCGCGGGUCCCUCAGCCGCGCCCCGGCGCUCCCGCCGUCCCGGGUCGGGCGGCCACGAGGCCUGGUCGCGUCCUGCCGCGCUCGCCCGCUGGGCGGCUGCAGACAUGUCGCGGGGGCCGGAGGAGGUGAACCGGCUCACGGAGAUCACCUACCGGAAUGUUAUGGAACAGUUCAAUCCUGGACUACGAAAUUUAAUAAACCUAGGAAAAAAUUAUGAAAAAGCUGUUAAUGCUAUGAUCCUGGCAGGAAAAGCCUACUACGAUGGAGUGGCCAAGGUUGGUGAGAUUGCCACCAGUUCCCCCGUGUCGACAGAACUGGGCCAUGUCCUCAUAGAGAUCUCAAAUACGCACAAGAAACUCAAUGAGAGUCUUGAUGAAAAUUUCAAAAAAUUUCAUAAAGAAAUUAUACAUGAGCUGGAGAAGAAGACGGAGCUUGAUGUCAAGUAUAUGAACGCAACUCUCAAAAGAUACCAAACAGAACACAAGAAUAAAUUAGAUUCUUUGGAGAAAUCUCAAGCUGAGUUGAAGAAGAUCAGGAGGAAAAGUCAAGGAGGUCGAAACGCACUCAAGUAUGAGCACAAAGAAAUUGAGUAUGUAGAAACCGUUACUUCUCGCCAGAGUGAAAUCCAGAAAUUCAUUGCAGAUGGUUGCAAAGAAGCACUACUUGAAGAGAAGAGGCGUUUCUGCUUUCUGGUUGACAAACACUGUAGCUUUGCAAACCACAUACAUUUUUAUCAUUUACAGUCUGCAGAAUUGCUUAAUUCCAAACUGCCUAAGUGGCAGGAAACCUGUGGUGACGCCACCAAAGUCCCAGAGAAAGUCAUGAAUAUGAUAGAAGAAAUAAAGACCCCGAUCUCCACCCCGCUGUCUGGCACGCCUCAGCCUUCACCCGUGACUGAGAGAAGCAGUGUGGUUAGACAAGAUUACGACACCCUUUCUAAAUAUUCACCAAAGAUGCCCCCAGCUCCUUCAGCCAAAGCAUAUACCAGUCCUUUGAUUGAUAUGUUUAAUAACCCAGUGACAGUUGCACGGAACUCAGAAAGGAUAACUAAUUCAACAGAUCCUUCAGAUGACCCCAGUUUACAGCGCUCGGUUUCUGUUGCAACUGGCCUGAACAUGAUGAAAAAGCAGAAAGUGAAAACCAUUUUUCCGCACACUGCUGGCACUAAUAAGACCUUACUCAGCUUCGCACAGGGAGAUGUCAUCACAUUGCUCAUCUCUGAGGAGAAAGACGGCUGGCUUUAUGGAGAGCAUGACAACAGCAGAGUGAGGGGUUGGUUCCCGGCAUCAUAUACAAAAUUGCUGGAAGAAAAUGCAAAGGAGACACUGAGUGUGCCCACAGCCAGCCCAGCACCGGUAAGAAGCAUCAGCACAGUGGACUUAUGUGGGAAAAGUGCUGUCGCCAUCCCUCCACCUGAUUACUUGGAGUGUCUGUCCAUGCGAGCAGCUGCAGAUAACAGAGCAGAUGUUUCCAAAAGUACUUCUACCUUUAAAGAGCCGGCAUCCAAACCAGAAGCCACAUCUCCCAAUGAUGCAGAUGGGAUUGCAAAGCCUCCUUUUCUCAGUGGCGAGAACCCCUUCGCGACUGUGAAACUCCGACCAACAGUGACAAAUGACCGAUCAGCACCCAUCAUUCGAUGAAGACGGCUGAGGACUCUCCUAGUCCCUUGGAUGUUCUCACCUGCAGAAUGAUAGGCAUGUGCUGUCUCAUCUGUGCUGUCCCUGUUGGAAAGCUUCACCCAGAGGUGCCUGAUUUUAAAUGUAUUCCACUUGAGCAAAUCAAUGCAUUUUCUCAAUUCCACAUAGUUGGGUUUGUACAUUCCUGCCUUUGAGAAGAUGUAAUAGUUUAGUGAGCACCUCUGUCAUUUAAAAUAUUUUUCUCCUGUUCUUUUCAAAAUACAGUAAAUUUGGUUCUAAUCCUUA